CCCUAAUCGAGCGUAUACUGCCAUACAUAGAAUUUCUCACUAUAUUCUGCCAUAUGCGUGGUUAAUGCAUGGUGCCGUCGCUGUGACGUCACUGAGUCGCUCUCGCCGUUCUCUGUUCUCCUUCCGUGUUGGUGGAAAUUGUGCAUGGUUGUGCCGUUGUGCGUACUGGCCGUGCGGCAGGCGAGCCCUUUUCGCGCUUUUGGAAUUAGCGUGGUGUAAGCGGACUACAUAUCAACUCUAGUUUUGCACAACAACCAGCCAUCCGAGCCGGGUCCUGGGCGUCAAGAUUGUACUGCCACGCAGCUACAGCCGGCGUUUGAAUACUCUCGGCAUGGGCUCAUCAGAGUCGGACGCAGCGCAGCAAGGCAUGUUCAACGCAAAGGGUGUUACGCUUAUAAUAGAGGCCGUCAACGGACUCGUGAAAUCUCCAGAGCCAGAAACCCGCGUUCUCAUUACGCCAAAGAUCAGCCUGAGCAACAUGAAGUCUCGUAUCGACGCAGCGUUAAUGGUGUCGGCUGGGUCGUCUAAUGCCAACCAACAGUCGCGUCCUUCCGAAGAAGACGCGGCGGCGUCGCCGGGUCCGUCUCGGCGCAGUGGCAGGACGUCCAUUCCCCGCGAACAUUCAGCUCAGCCGGCACCCAAGAAGGCCCGAGUAGAUCGCCCCGAGCCGCAGAGUGAGCCCCAAAGCGGCAGCGACACUCCGCGAUCGCUCCGCAGCGGGCGUAGCUAUGUCAAUGAUUCGCCGACUGCUCAAAAAACGACCAUCGUGGUGACCACGAAAACAGCUAACGCCGUCGCGUCGACCCCGGUGGCCUCUAAGCACACUGCAGCAGUAGUGAAAGAGCCUGCUGCACCAACAGCAUCGGUGCCGUCACCGGCUUCAUCGUCGCCGCAGCAAGUGCAGAAGCCCGCCAAGCAAGCAACACAAAAGGCGGGCUCCUCGAGCUCGCGGUCGAAGCAAGACCUGGCAGAGCCACUUCCCGACCUCUGGCACAUCUCGCCCAAGAUAGCGGAAGAAAUGAAAAGUAUUGCAUUCCGACAUUUCCAUUUUUCUAUCUGACUGCGCUCGUGCCGCGCUUUCAAGGAUUCUUUUUUUUUUUUUUUUUUUUGCCAAGUGCCGAAUGGUUUUGACCUCAGAAACGCCGUCGUUCGUUUCGCGGCUUUUGAAAAAAAGUUUCACCGGCCCAGCUUGGGUUUUAGCAACAUUCUGCCUUGGAUCGCGCACACGUUUAUUUCAUUGCAGGUCAGCCGUUUUAAAUACCCGAAGUAGGCGGCUAAGAUUUCAUGCAAGCGGUUUGGAGUAGGCGUGAAAACUAAGCAGCAUUUGUAAGAAAUUAUGCAGAAAAAUAAAAUGCACUGGAAGAAAGAGGAAGAAUGUUCUGUAUCAUUUUAGUCGCAAACGCUGUAAUCAUGUGAUUUGGAUGAAUGAGCAGUGUUGAACUUUGCUGCGAAAUAGAUCGACAGAAGCCUAAAUGAACCAGAAUUUAGUGUUCAUAGAAUCUGAAUAAGUACAAAUAAUUUCGCUGCUUGGCCUUACUCUCUGCCUUCAUUUUACAGUCUCCCCUGAUAUGUCCAUGCAGAACUUAAGAUGUGAAAAGCAUAUUGCAUUUUUAGCAGACGCUAGCUAAUGCUCUUGCAGCAACGUGACUUGCAGUUGUCUGAAAAAAAAAAAAAAGUUAGGGAUUGGCAUGGUGCAUACUAAAGAAGCUUAAUCAACAAAGCAAAAAAGGCUUAAGAAUGUUGCAGGAUGGCAGCAAAAUGCAAUCCAAGGUGUUUUGUCAGGUUUCAGAUUUUUAUGGCAGUUUGUGUUGUCAUGGGGGGCACAUAAGCAUUUGAAUUUUUCUCAUUGUGUUGGUGUGAUGUUACAGGGCACAAUAUGCUGUACAUCAAAAUGAUGGCCAUAACAGUAAGGUGGACUCUUGUGGCUCUUGCGACAUGUGCUACUUUGUCAAACUCUCAAAACCAUUGGCAAUUAUGCUUGAAUGGUACUGAUUCAAACUGUUGCUCAAGUGAGUGAAUGUUAUCAUGUUUUAAGUUUCUCAACAAAAUUCAUGUAUUACUGACCCUUAUGCACGGUCGAUAAAUAGUUGUGUGUGCUGGGGUCAAAUACGUUAUAUAUCUGUAAGCUGCAGACAGUCACACAUCUGAAACUUUACUGCCUUUGCAAUCGUUCAUAAUUGCUUACGUAAGUUGUAUUGGUAGCAUACCUGCUUCUCUUGCAUGAUGUACUGCAUUGUGGUGCUCUCUCUCUCCCCCCCCCUUUCCCCCCUUUUUUUUAGAGGGAUAUUGUGAAUACAUGUUGAAUAAUCUUGGUGCAGGCAUCAAGGCAGCACUCACUUUUAAGGCGCUAAGUGUAUGUCUAGAUAUGCCAGCAUGUAAAUGCAGUAGUGAUGUCAUGAAGGUGCUAUUUUAACUUUUGCAUGUAUGACCCAGUACAGCAUAUCAUGGUUCAAUUCGUUCUUCUUUUUUGUACAUGUAGCAUUUUAUUAUAACCAUAAUUCAUUGUUACACAUUGAGUUUGUAGUAUACAAUGUAAUCAGUUUGAGUCAAGUGUUGGCUCUCAUGGUCUGGUAGUUGAUCAGUAAUAUUGGUUACAGGAAUCAUAAAGGUGUAAAGCUGUUCAGUGUAUUAGUGAGUAAGAUAACUUCAGAAUUGAUGCUGCCCUUUAACAGAAGUGAUACCUACAAGAAUGAAAGGAUAUAAGGCGUUUUACUAACGAUGCAUAUGGAAAUUAUAACCAAAUACUUGUACAGCUUUUUGAAGGGAUAAUAAAGAAAAAUAUUACGUUGAGCUAGUGUGGUAGAUUACACUUCUGGAAAACCAUAUAGGUGGAGUUUGCAAAAAGAGUGGAGGCCUUCGGCAUUUUAGAAAAACAAAAUAGCAACAUAUAUGGUUCUGAUGUAACAUUAAAAUUCAUGCACCUGCUCCAUGUAGUGUCAGAGUGCCAGAGCGUCUGGCUGGGUUGUGCUUGUUGUUAUUAAUAAAAUAAGCAUUACAUUUUGAAAAAAAAAAGAAGAAAAACAACUUAAUUUUUUUCUAGUCUUUCUGCGCAGCAAGAAUCCAAAUGCCAGGAAUGCAUUGUUAACUUACAACAUGUUGCCUAGCGGUGCUCAUUUGGGAUGAAAUACAAAAAUGAAUCAGACUUGCUAAUAAGCCUUUUUCACAAAACAUUUGCAGUUAGUUCCAAAAGAGUAACCUACCACUGUAGCUUGGCUAAGUAUUUCCCUUUAAUGUUACUUUGAAAAGUGAGUGCUAUGUUUUGUAGAGGUUCAGAGUAUUUUAACUGAAGAUGAACUUGUUGAACCACAUAGUUGGACUUCCCUGUGGUUGCCAACAUAAUAGUGCUUUAACUGGUGCUUGGUGUGUUGUCCCUUUAAAAUGUGUUCUGCAUACACUAUUUGCAGGGCAGCAGAAUUACUGUGCCUUUGAGUUAAAGGGGUACUGACAUUAUAUUUUAGACUAUUAAUUUCUUGUGUUAGAUGAAGAGUCCUAGACCUCUAAACCCUAGAAAAAAAGCGGCAGGCCUCAGAGCAUUGUAAAUAAUUUAAUGUGAUAGCUUUCCACAGCAAGCUUCGGAUUCAUUUCCCAGAAGGAUAUAGCAUUGUUGUGUUUUGACACCUGCUCUGGCUCGCUUGGUCGCCUCAUAUGCUGCUACUUGUGAGGGCCAAUGUAGCAGAUAAUGGAUGAUCAAGUGAGCUGGAGCAAGUGUCGCAAUGUUGCCCUGUCCUGCUUCCACGUGACCACAUACUGUGUUGUGACAUCACAACUCGGUAGAAACAAUACCGAAACUGGCUGUAGAGAAUUUAUUAUAAUAAAUUAUUUAGAAUGCUGGGAGACUCGACAGUACAUUUUCUGGUGUUUAGAGGUACAGGACCUUGAUUUAAAGAAAAAGAAAAGUCAGACAUUGUGUCAGUACCCUUUAAGUGAAUACUAUCUGUGUGGUAAGAUGAGUGCCUUAAUGGGGCCCUGAAACACUUCUUGAACAUGGUAAAACAACAACAACAUUGUGCACCUUUAAACGAGGCUCCUGUGAACAUGUGAGCCAAAUCAUUAUUGCACUGCAUGCAGCAGGGAAUUACAAUCUCGUGUCAAAAGUAGUCUGCAAACAGUUGCUUGCUCUUGCAUCCGCGAUGUCGUCAUCAAAAGCAGUUGGCCCAGCAAAACUAUUGGCUGAUUUCACAAUCGCGAGAACAUUCUCAGUAAUACAUAAUUGCUAAUUUUUAGUUAAGUAAAUGAAAAAUGUAUGUGUCUGUGAUCUCAAAAAGAGAAAAAUCAUUUAAUCUUUGCACUGCCCAUAGUGUAGUCUACCGCGGCCACCACAAGGUGCCAUGACAUUAAACUUCUGCGCAGGGCUUUGUCCCUUUGUCAUCUCUACUGCGUAGCUUCCAGCAUGAUAGCUGAAAUGAAGAGAGAGCUAGUUAGUUAGCUAGUUAGUGAGGAAAGUGUAUCGGGGCCCUUUUAAAUUUUAGUACAACCAGUGCCUUUCAGGUAUAAUUGCAACAUUUUAUGUCAUCUUGACCAUGUUGUACCAGUGUUUAUUAUGGGUAACACUGUUUGUGAAUUGUGCUCAUAAAGUCAAUGUGCACAGCUGUGUUUUAUGCAUCUCUCAUCCUGAUGUUUCUGAUUUGCUGGGUCACAGUGCUUAAUGUGCACAGGAGCAUGUAGUAUGGACCCAUUUGGGAGCUGAGAUGCAUUCCAAGCAGAAUAUUUGUAUACUACGAGCAGGUUUUUUUUAUCUUUUUCUGCUAUUGUAUUUUUAUUGUUCUGGCAUUUUGAUGUAUCAUUUUCAAUUUUGAUGCCAACGUUAAAGGAACAAAAAAUAAACAUAAUUGCACAGUU